UUACGUAUGUUCCGUGUACUACGUUAUCCCCUCUUCCCCUUAGUAACCCUCGGCGGCGUCUCAGGGAGGCAGAAUUACAAGAUGGGUUUGCUAUCAAUUUUACGGAAGCUGAAGAGUACUCCAGAUCAGGAGGUGCGGAUCUUGCUUUUGGGGCUCGACAAUGGUGGCAAGACGACUUUAUUGAAACAGCUAGCAUCUGAAGACAUUUCUCAUAUUACUCCAACACAGGGGUUUAAUAUCAAGAGUGUCCAAUCACAAGGAUUCAAACUGAAUGUAUGGGAUAUUGGUGGUCAACGAAAGAUCAGGCCCUACUGGAGAAAUUACUUUGAGAACACAGAUGUAUUGAUUUAUGUCAUUGAUAGCGCAGACCGCAAAAGGUUUGAAGAAACGGGACAGGAGCUGGCUGAGUUGCUCGAUGAAGAAAAGCUCAGUGGAGUCCCGGUUCUGGUCUUUGCAAACAAGCAAGACCUGCUGACGGCAGCCCCAGCGUCUGAGAUAGCAGAGGGUUUGAAUUUACACACUAUUAGGGACAGAGUGUGGCAGAUCCAGUCCUGUUCUGCCCUCACAGGAGAAGGAGUCCAGGAUGGCAUGAAUUGGGUUUGUAAGAGUGUGAACGCCAAGAGGAAAUAAAGAUGUUAUAUCUCACUGUGGUUUUCAUCCCAGGGCAUGUCGGGAUACUGUGGAAUGUUAAAACAGUGACUUUUAAAAAAUGUCAAUAAAUUUAGAAAAUUAAGGCUUCAUUUCACUUUUGCCUCUCUGUAGGGGACUACCAUGGCAUAAAGGAAAUCGGUACUGUGAGCUAAAGUUAAUCUUUUUGCACAGUAUCCCGUCUUAAACUAUAAAAUUGAUAGUCUUUAUGAUUUAACAUUUUAGUCUGUCAUAUCUUACUUCCUAGAUAUAAAUCACACAAUUUUAUAACGAAUGUUCUAGAUCGAGAGGAUUUUGUUACUGAGAGAUUUGUAGAGAUGUAAUUACAGCCGUCAGCAGUCCCUUCAACAGCUUUCUAUCUAAACUGGCAUUUUUCACUUCAGCUGAUCACAAAAUUCUUGUCACAGCAUUUUUUGAGAGGUUGUGCAGAAUAUUUUUGUAAGUUUUCCUGAGAAUAAUAGAGAUUAAAAUGAUAAUUGUACCCAAAUGCCACAUAUAAGAAAUAUCAGUAUGUGCAAAAGGAGAGACCAUCUACAGAUUAACAAUAUCUGAAAUACAUUUUUGAUAAAUGUAAAUAAAGUUCCACAUAGCAAAUUUUACACAUUUUCAAAGCUCUAUACUUGUAUAAGUAUCAUUUCUGGCUGUAAUCUAAAUAGUUGUUGUUACGAAAUGUUGUAAAGUCUGUUUCAUCACACCAGAAAUAUUCCUGUAGUGUCUAUAAUGUGUGUCUCAUUACUGAAGUAUACUGAAUAAAAAAGAUAUAUAUCAAUGUGA